AUGGAAGAAAAAAAGAUUUUUUCCAUCUAUGGACACUACCCAGUGAUCCGGGCAGCUCUGCGAAGGAAGGGCUGGGUGGAGAAGAAGUUUCACUUUCUGCCCAAGGUCAUUCUGCAUGUGGAAGAUGAAAGUGAAGGGGUGACUGAGAACAAAGGUACUGAAUCCAAAGAGAACUCAGACCUGACUUUUGCCAAAACAGAGGACAUCCAUGAUGUGAUGUCCAGGUUGGUAAAACAUGAAAUGCCAUACUUCCUGUGGACCAUCAAAAGGGACAUUGUAGAUUAUCACAGCCUGAACUGCGACCAGAUGCUCAACCACUACGGGAAGACAGCUUCGUUCACCACCAAGAUCGGACUGUGUGUGAACAUGCGGAGCCUGCCGUGGUACGUCCAGGCCAACCCCGACUCCUUCUUCCCACGCUGUUACGGCUUGUGCACUGAAAUGGAGCAGCAGGAAUUCCUGGAUGACUUCCGGCGUACUGCGGCUUCCAGCAUCCUCAAGUGGGUUGUUAGCCACCAGAACUACAAGAGCAAACCCAAGAACAGGCAGGAGGAGGCCAGCGGCGACACUGACCCCAGCCACAGGAAAGAUACUGAGAACACCGACAUCAAGACGCUCACAGGCCUUUCAGGGCAGCUCAUCGAUACCGCAUGCAAAGUGUGCCAGACCUACCUGGGGCAGGUGAGGCACGAGGACAUCGACAUGUCAGAGGACGCCACCAAGGACCUCACUGAGGAUGAGUGGAAUGAACUGACCCAGCAGUACUACUCCCUUGUCCAUGGCGAUGCCUUCAUCCCCAAUUCCAGAAACUACUUAUCACAGUGCCAGAGUCUGCUGAGCAAAAUCACGUCCAUCAACCCACAGACGGAGAUCGAUGGGCUCCGGAACAUCUGGAUCAUUAAGCCUGCUGCGAAAUCACGUGGCCGAGACAUCGUGUGCAUGGACCGCGUGGAAGACAUCCUGGAGCUGGUGAAUGCAGACCACCUUUCCACUAAGGACAACAAGUGGGUGGCCCAGAAAUACAUCGAGACACCGCUGCUCAUCUAUGACACCAAGUUCGACAUCCGGCAGUGGUUCCUCGUCACCGACUGGAACCCGUUGACCAUCUGGUUCUACAAGGAGAGCUACCUUCGCUUCUCCACGCAGCGCUUCUCCCUGGACAACCUGGACAGUGCCAUCCACUUGUGCAACAACUCCAUCCAGAAGCACCUGAAGAACGCCAAAGACCGCAACCCACUGCUCCCCUGCUACAACAUGUGGACCAGUGCCAAGUUCCAGGAGUACUUGCAGCGCCGGGGCCGUGGCAGCGUGUGGAGCAGCAUCAUCUAUCCAUCCAUGAAGAAAGCCGUCACCAACACCAUGAAGGUGGCCCAGGACCACGUGGAGGCCCGCAAGAACAGCUUUGAGCUCUAUGGUGCGGACUUCAUCCUCAGCCAGGACUUCAAGCCCUGGCUCAUCGAGAUCAACUCCAGUCCCACCAUGCACCCCUCGACACCUGUCACCGCCCAGCUCUGUGCCCAGGUGCAAGAGGACACCAUCAAGGUGGUGCUGGACCGCAAACUUGACCGGAACUGUGACAUCGGCAACUUCGAGCUGCUCUGGAGACAGCCGACCGUGGAGUUGCCACCCUUCAGCGGGUCGGACCUGUGCGUGGAAGGCGUUAGCUUCAAGAAGGCCAAGAAGCAGACCUCUCCCAUGGCCACCCUGCACCUGACCAUGCCGCCCUCAGGUACUCGGCCACUAAAAGGCAGGUGCCCCUCGGCCACUCCAGAGCCGGUACGAGGAUCGCUCCGAACCACGCUGCCGGAGGACUUGAGAGUGAAGGAGGACAAGGUACUUUUCUGCGCCUUUCCUGAGCCGGGGCGGCCGGCCGAGCGGAGCUGCGCGGUGCGGCUCGGGCCCAAGGCCGGCGGGCGGAUCGCACCCCCCGCCUUCCAGCUGCAGUGCGCCGACGGCCAGGCCUCGAGUGCCGCGCCCGCCCGGUCUCCGGAGCCACAAGCAUUAAAGGCGGCCGAGGGCUCCUUCCUUCAGCCGCUCAGAGUGCCAGGGCGGCCCCGGGACCUCGCCGCGCCGUGCCUAGUGUGCCAUGGUUCCUUCCAGCCGGCGAAGGCCUGCAAGCGCUGCCGUUCCUUCUGCGCCGCGGUGCUGCAAGGCGGCUCCUUCGUGAAGCUGGGGGGCGGCCAGGGCGGCCUGUGA